AUGCUUUUCAUUGCCACUCUUUGGAUGCUCCUUGGUAGUCUUAUCUUGGCCACCGAAUCAGGACUCCGACCGAAUUCUUUAAAUGAAAUUGAUAUGGUGCCAUGUAUUUUACAAGCUUUGAAGCAUUUCAAACCUUGUGAAUCCGAAUGCGAAUGUUAUGCACUGGCAAUAGCCCGGAAUCUGAGACCGUAUGCUGGAACAGGCAUAACCAAGCCAAUGAUUGACCAAUCGCGUCGCUUUGGGACUCUCUACAAGGUGAUUGGAAGUCGUCUCUAUCGUUCAGACAAUUGCGCGUAUCCGUCACGUUGUGCCAGUGUCGAGGAGCUUUUGCUAAAUAUAGUAAGGGAUCUGCCUGAUUUGGAAUUUGUUCUCAAUGUAAGGGAUUGGCCGCAGAUUCAUUUUCUAUCCGGUCUGAGUGGACCAGUUUUCUCUUACUCCAGCACGGAUAACUUUUUGGAUAUCAUGUGCCCGGCUUGGUCGUUUUGGACCUCGGCUGGUCCCCUUCUGCAGCAGUAUCCCCGUGGUCUUGGGCGCUGGGACCAUAUGCGCCGAUUCAUAGCUGAUAGGGCAAGAAGGAUGCCCUGGCAAAAGAAGAUUUCAAUUGGCUUCUUUCGAGGUUCACGAUCGUCCAAGGAGCGGGACAAUCUGGUGCUCCUGACGAAACGAGCACCACAUUUGGUUGACGCCCAAUACACUCAAUCUAAAAACUCUCCGGUAAAGGAGAUGUCCCUCGCUGAACAUUGCAAGUUCAAGUAUUUGUUCAAUUUUCGCGGAAUUUCUGCGAGUUUUCGCCUACGUCACAUUUUGCUCUGCAAAUCCUUGGUCCUACAUGUCGGUCAAGAGUGGCAGGAGUUUUUCUAUUCCUCCCUGAAACCCUGGAUACACUAUGUGCCCGUAGGUAGUAAUGCCAGUGAGGAAGAUUUGGAAGGACUCAUAUUGUAUUUGCGCCAACACGAUGACUUGGCCGAGGAGAUUGCAGAACGGGGCUUUCAGUUUGUCUGGCAACAACUGCGUAUGAAAGAUAUCCUAUGCUAUUGGAGACAAUUGCUCCAAGAGUAUGCCAAGCUGUUGUCCUAUAAUGUGGAAAUGGAGCUGAAAUUCCAUGAAGUGUUGCCGCGCACAGCGAUUCAGUUAUAUUAUGGCAAGAUUUGAA